AUGGGUGAUGAAAAAUCAUCCGGAUCUGAAAUCAACAUGUCUGAUCCACUUAUCCUACACCAUUCCGACUCACCCGGUCUAGUUCUAGUUUCAAAACCUCUCGAAGGCCAUGACUAUGGUCAAUGGAGUCGCUCGAUGCGAAUUGCCUUGAGCGCUAAAAAAAAACUCGGAUUCAUUGACGGGACUAUCAAAGCCCCAGCAAAAACUGAUGCCAAAUUCUCCAUUUGGCAGAGAUGCAAUGAUAUGGUGUUAUCCUGGAUUUUGCACUCACUACAACCCGACAUCUCAAGCAGUGUACUUUACUGCACCAGCGCAUCCAUGGUGUGGAAUGAUCUUAAAGAUCGAUUCUCACAAGGCAACGACUUCCGGAUUUACCAAAUCUGCCAAGAAAUUGCCGAACAUCGACAAGGCCAUCUUUCGGUUUCAGAGUAUUACACCAAGCUCAAGGCCUUAUGGGAUGAAUUGGAUUCAUACCAUGAACCCAUCAUCUGCACUUGCGAAGGUUCCACAACACGUGCUUCCAGAGAAGAGAAUGAGAGAGUCAUGCAAUUUUUAAUGGGUCUGAAUGAACCUUAUUCAACUGUGCGUGGGUCAAUUCUGAUGAUGUCACCGAUCCCAGACACACGUCGUGUCCAUGGCCUGAUCCUCCAACACGAAAGGCAACUGGACGUGGCAAAUCGACAGCCCGGAUCCCAUGCCAUGCAAAUCAUACGUUCUGCGAACACCAAGGGCGGCACCAACCUAGGCAACUCGGCAGCAGCGGCGAAACCCUCUGGUGCUGGGAACAGAAAACACAGCUCCAACUUCAGGAAGUCUCUGAAAUGUUCUUAUUGUGAUGGAGACACCCACACCAUUGACACUUGUUUUUUCCUUAAUGGAUUUCCUGUGGGCCACAAACUCCAUGGGAAGAAUGUCAAGCCCAAAAACAAACGGGCUGCUUACACUGCUGAAAAGGAUCCAAACCCAGGGCCCCACGUCAAAUCCGAUGACAGCCCCACUUUCACUACUGAAGAAUACAAUCAACUGAUCGCUCUUUUACACAAUCGACCUGGUAAUUCUCAUCUUGCAAAUGCAACAGGACGUGAAUACGGGGAGGACGAUUGGCCUGGGCAAGCAAUUUAA